AUGAAACUAUCCACAAUUUUCUUAGAAGGUUUAUUAUUAGCUGGUGUUAUCUCUUCACCAAUUUCUGCUGAAGAUUCUUCUUUGGAAUCCAACAACUCCACUAGUGAUAUCAUCAAAGCUGAAGGUAAUGGUGCACCAAAACUUUGUUUUAACGCUAAUAAGAGCCCAUUUUGUUUGGGUAAUCAUAAUGUGAAUGAUUGUAUUUCCGCUUAUAAGCUCAGAACUGGUAUGGAUAAGAAAGAAGCCACUCAAACAUGUAAAUUCUGGUGCAGUGAAAUCAAAACUCCUACUCAAUGCAAACAAUGCAAAUAUAAAGCAGAUUAUCAUCCAGAUUUUGCUUGUGAUGAUGCAAAAUAUUGUUAA